AUGACCCAAGUUCACAACCAUAACCAUUAUCGCUUAUAUGGGGGUUCGAAUGGUUAUUAUGAGGAAAAUUUUGUUGUAACCACAAAAAACCAGCAUCUGGAAUUCACCAAGAGCCUCUCCCUUGUAGUCAGCUUAGAUCUCUCGGGAAAUAAUUUGAAUGGAGAUCUUCCUGGAGAGAUAACAAAUUUGUUGGGCGUAGUGUUUCUGAACUUGUCCAGAAACCAUAUCAGUGGACACAUUCCCGAAAGCAUUUCGAGGUUGACACAAUUGUCAUCACUUGAUCUCUCACACAAUACGUUUUCAGGUGCUAUUCCUCAGAGUUUGGGAUCACUCUCAUUUUUGGGGUAUCUGAACCUGUCGGACAAUGACUUCACUGGUAAGAUUCCCCACAAAGAUCAAAUGAUCACUUUCAGUGCAUCCUCUUAUGUUGGAAAUCAUGGCCUUUGUGGUAGUCCACUUGAUGUAAAAUGUCCAGGUGAUGAAGACGAUGAUGAUACAAAUAAGGGAUCGACUAUUCACAAGGAUAAUAGUAAUGGUGACAGCUUCAUAGAUAAUUGGUUUUACCUGAGUGUUGGAUUGGGAUUUGCAGCAGGAAUUAUUAUUCCUUUUAUGGUAAUGUCAAUUAGAAAGUCUUGGAGUGUUGCCUACUUUGAUGCUGUGGAAGAAGUUUCUGAAAGAAUACUAUAUUUGUGGCUCAGUACUCUUGAUCACAAGACUACGGAGAGAAUGGCAAUUUCUGUGUUCGGAUUUUCUUUCUUAAUAGACAAUCUUUAUUUGGCGGAAGUUUGA